UUAAACGACGUCAUGACUGUCACCUACACAGCGCGGGUGGCCAAUGCGCGCUUCUGCGGCUUCUCCAAACUGCUCCUUGCCUGGAGAGGAAGCAUAUAUAAAGUUUUGUACAAGGAGUUCAUCGCCUUCUUCGCCAUGUACACGGCCAUUAGUGUCACUUACAGGUUCGUCCUUUAUGAUGACCAGAAAAGGUAUUUUGAGAAACUGGCAAUCUACUGCAACCAUUACGCCAGUCUCAUCCCCAUGUCUUUUGUAUUAGGUUUCUACGUGACGCUGAUCGUCAACCGUUGGUGGAGCCAGUACACCAGUAUCCCUUUGCCAGACCGCCUCAUGUGCACGCUCUCGGGCGGACUGCAAGGUGGAGACGAGCGCGGGCGGCUUCUGCGGCGCACCUUGAUGCGCUACGCCAGUCUGUCCGCGCUAUUGAUACUGCGCUCGGUCAGCACUGCUGUGUUCAAGCGCUUCCCCACCAUGGACCACGUCGUCGAAGCAGGCUUUAUGACCAGAGAGGAGCGUAAGAAGUUUGAGAGCCUCCAUUCUCCCUACAACAAGUACUGGAUACCCUGUGUGUGGUUCACCAAUCUUGUGGCCGUGGCCCGCUGUGAGGGGAGGGUCAAAGAUGACAGCACCCUCAAACUGCUGCUGGAAGAACUCAAUGAAUUCCGAGGAAAGUGCAGCUUGCUUUUCCACUAUGACAUGAUCAGUGUGCCUCUGGUCUACACCCAGGUAGUGACCCUGGCUGUGUACAGCUUCUUCCUGGUGUGUCUGAUUGGCCGCCAGUUCCUGGACCCCAGCCAGGGUUACCCGGGUCACGACCUGGACCUCUACGUGCCUAUCUUCACCUUGCUGCAGUUCUUCUUCUACGCUGGCUGGCUCAAGGUUGCAGAACAGCUGAUCAACCCCUUUGGAGAGGAUGACGAUGACUUUGAGACCAACUGGCUGAUUGAUAGGAACUUUCAGGUCUCCAUGAUGGCAGUAGACGAGAUGUACGCUGACCUGCCCAUGAUGGAGAGGGAUCGCUACUGGAACGACUCCAACCCGCGGCCGCCCUACACCGCUGCCACGCUCUUUGUGCUCCGCAAGCCCUCCUUCCAGGGCUCCACCUUCGACAUGGCGAUCCCUAAAGAAGAGAUGCAUUUCCAGCCUCUGGAGAACAUCGCGGAGAACCUUGAGGAGUCUGGCAAUCACCACCCCAACAUGGCGCUCUUCAACCGCCUUCUCAACACCGCCCCGUCCCCCACUGGCCUCAUGGGCGGGGCCCUCCGCCGGACCUCCGCCCACCUCAUGAGGUUCCGCCGCUCGCCCAGCAUCGACCCGCCGUCCUCCAUCGACGACAACGAUGACGACGACAGCGUAGGCGGAGGCGGAGGGGGGAAGGUGGGUGCGGGGGUGUCGCUGCCCUCCGUACUGGGCCACGACACCCAGAGUACCCUGUGCAGCUACGGGGGUGGGAUCACCUCUCGUACCCCCCUCCUGGAGAUCCAGUUUGGGGUGGAAAGGAACAGGCAAGGCGGGUCCCUCACCAGCCAGAUGGAGGACGAAGGAGAGGGAGAAGGAAGGAGUGGCGGUGAGGAGGAAGGCGCCGACGAGGGAGUGAGGGGGAGCUCCGUGCCCCUGCUCCCCCCUCCCCUCCAACCCUCCAGGGAAGCCCCGGUGAGACAACCCCCGGAGGAGACACCCAGACCCGCCUCGGCUACACCCUCUACCGCCCGCUCCUCCUCCGUCCUGCCUCGCUCCAGACCGGCCCAUUCCACUCAGGACCUCCUCAGCACCCGGCCAAUCGGUGAGCAGAACAGAGGCACGCCCGCCGUUCUGAAGCGAUCCGUUGGUGGAGCCCAAAUGUCCCUCCUUACUGUCCCGUUGGACGUGCCUCAGCGCCUUCGCAGCGUCAGCAUGGGGUCAGAGUUUACCGGGUCCUAGAAUAUAAUUGGACCAAACCCCCUUGACCCACAAUCCUCAGCUUGAACUGAACAGGUAUUGAAGUGAACACGUGUAAGAUAACAUAAAGAUGUGAUGGACGGUUAGAUGAAUGUCACAAUUACAAUUAUCCACCGUGGUCACUCAUUUACUCUCUUAUUGGAUACCU